CCAACAGCAUGCUCGUCGCCCUCCUCUCGCCCGGCUACGUGUUGCCGUCACACGCCCCAGCCCGUGCGCUCCCCGUCGGCCCAAUGAUGAUGGCCGUCUCUCCGCCGCCGCUCGGCGACAUGGUCGGGCAGCGCACGCGGCCUAAGAUUGCGACGGACAUCACUCAGCUGAUUGGCAACACUCCGCUCCUCAAGCUCGGCGUCACGGGCGAGGGUCUGGGCGCCACCAUCCUGUGCAAGCUCGAGUCGAUGGAGCCGUGCAACUCGGUCAAGGACCGCAUCGGCUACUCGAUGAUCACGGAGGCCGAGCGGCGCGGCGACAUCAAGCCCGGCGAGACGACCCUCGUGGAGCCAACCUCGGGGAACACGGGCAUCGGACUCGCCAUGGUGGCCGCGGCGAAGGGGUACAAGCUCGUGCUGACCAUGCCCGAGUCGAUGUCGAUGGAGCGGCGGGUGAUGCUUAAGGCGCUCGGCGCGGAGCUCGUCCUCACGCCGGCCGCCAAGGGGAUGGGAGGCGCCGUCAAGAAGGCGGAGAUGAUUGUGGCCUCGCUCGGCGACAAGGGCAAGCUGCUGCAGCAGUUUGAAAACUCCGACAACCCAAAGAUCCACCGCGAGACGACGGGGCCCGAGAUCUGGGCCGACACGGACGGCGAGAUCGACAUCUUCGUGGGCGGCGUCGGCACCGGCGGCACCAUCACGGGCUGCGCGCAGUACAUCAAGCCGCUCAAGCCCGAGUGCCAGUUUGUCGCGCUCGAGCCCGUCUCUUCGCCCGGGACAACAGCUGUAAGUAGCAUGCGUUCCAGUGGCGAGAAUUACUCGAGUAUGGUCGGCAUCAAAAUCAGUGGUCUCACCGGCGGGCCCUCCUACUGCCAACCGGGAGGCCAGCAAUCACUCGAUGAUGAGACUACACUGAUGUAUAGGCGCGUGUGUGGUAUUACAAGAUAG